UAUUGGACAGAGAUACAUGAGAGGAAAAUGAUUUUUUUUUUUAAUUUUUUGAGAGAGAGAUAAAGGAAAAUGUUGUUGGUCAUACAGAAAAGCUUUAUCUUCAAUUUCAAGGGAAACAACUCUCAUCUUCUUGUGAGGAGAAAUGACACAAGAUUUAUAAGCAAAAUGACUAAAAAGAAAGGUGUGCCUGAAAGUUCAGGAAGCCAGCUGCAGCAGCAAACCAAUUUUCCAUUGAGGGUUUCCAACACAAUUCUUGCAAGGUCUGUGGUUGCUGUAUUUGGGCUUGGAUUUAUAGAUGCUGGGUACAGUGGGGAUUGGUCAAGGAUUGGGGUGAUUUCAAAAGAGGUUGAGGACCUGUUGAAGAUUGCUGCCAUCGUCGUUGUUCCUUUGUGUAUCUUUCUUAUAUUUUCUUUUUCCAAGGAGCCUGCUGAGACUUGAACUGUUGUGUUAGAAAAAGACUUUUGAAUUCUUUCCAAACAUAUAUACGCUGUCCAAGUAUGUUUAUAUUGCAGAAAUUAUUCUAAUAACUUCGUGAUUUGAAAGGUACACAAAAUGAUAGUCGUUUCCAAAAUUGUUGACACUAAUUGAAAGAGAGGCUUUUGCUAUUCGGUGUAAGGAAAAAUUAGUUAUCGAGUUUUUGAUUUAGUGGUUAAAGAUGUUUAAGAGGAUAUCAAAAUUU